UUGGUCCAGCUCGAAGGCGGAACUGAGAGAAGAGGUUGACGGUUCCAGCCGGACACAGAUUUGGUGACACCGCAGCGUCGGACAGCAAAACAAACUCAACCACUGAAUGAAACUAACAAAAUCACGAGUCGCCAAAUACGUUCAUGAACGGAGGGUUUGUUACGAAGUUAACAGGCUAACAGAUACACCGAAUAAGAAGGUAACUUAAUGAGCAAAACAGGCUAAUAUUCUUACAUGCUAACAGCUAGCAGCGGCUCGCGCAACCUUCUCAGCAGCAGAAAUAUCAAUACAGACAGGAUCCAGGACCAGAGUCCAGACCCGGUCUGAUCUGGACUCUAGUAGUAUGCAGGCGGAAUUUCGGGCUCCCCGGAGAAGGACCCGGGUGGUGGGGGAGUACGAGGCUCCGCUGCCGGUGAGCCGCAGCCCGGAGGAGAGGAGCGACUUCAGGGCGCAGCUCAUCAACCAGCACGUGCUGGUCUGUCAUCCGGACCACAUCCAGAAGAUCCACAACCAGGGUUAUUUUGGUAAAGGCAUCCUGUCCAGAGCCAGUCCAGACCACAGCAUCUCUGACCAAUGGGAGCAACAUGAAGGUGUGUUUCUGCCCGUCAUCUCACAGUCCAGGUAUGACAAGCUGCUCAGGUGGGCAGGGGCAGCUCUCUCCACUCAGGGAUUGGAUGAGCAGGCUGUCAGUCAAACCCUGCUCAGAGUGUCUCAGCCAGUAGAGAUGGAACACGUGAGGGGUGAGAUGGGAGAGGGGACGAAUGGACGGAGGGGUGAGGACGGUGAGGAGCCAGGACCAGAUGGCGGAGUCUGUCCUCACACGAAGAGGCUCUGGCCGGGGUCAGAGGUCGAGCCAGAGGCCAAGAAAAGCUGCAGGCUGGACCUGAACCCAGACCACGACCCAGAUCCCUGCUCAGACCAGGACUCUGAGUCUGACUCUGACCCUGAUCGGGGGUCUCACCCCGACUCUGAGUCUGAUCCAGAUCCAGGUUGGUUGGUUGCAGACUCUGGUUUUGUCCUGGUGGAGGUGUGUGAUGGGGUCAGGGAGGUCCGGCGGACUCCGAUCUCUCUCACUGAGUACCUGCAGCUCACUCUGGAGGAGGCCUUCUUCCUAGUCUACAGUCUGGGUUGCCUGUCCGUCUACCUGCACCAGGAGCCCCUGUCAAUAAUCCAGCUGUGGAGAAAGUUCAGGUCCCUGCGGCCCGACUUUGUGAGCUUGUUCGCAGCCUAUCAGCACUUUCGAAGCAAGGGGUGGGUCCCUAAAGGAGGAGGCGGGGCCAAGUAUGGGGUAGACUUCAUGUUGUACAGGAAAGGCCCACCUUUCUACCACGCCAGUUAUUCGGUGGUAGUCGAGCGGGUUGACGAUGCCUUCAGGGGCUCUGGGCUGCGUCCGUUUUCGUGGCGUUCUCUGGCAGCUCUCAGCAGGAUCACUGCUAACGUGUCCAAGGAGCUGAUGUUGUGUUACAUCAUCUAUCCAGCUGACCUAUCAGACGCCGAGCUGGACUCACCUGUCUGUCUGAGUAGACUGAAGGUUCAGGAAGUCAUCAUCAGCCGGUGGGUUUCCUCCAGAGAACGAGCUGAGCAGGAUGACAUCUGAUUGGCCAAUAGACAAUAGAUAGUAAAACUUGAAGACAACUGAUGAUGUCAUGAAGAGACUGAUAGUGUGAUAGCCAAAAAUCAAGCAGAGGAUAAAAUAAUUUUUUCAUGAAAGAUUCAGUAACAAGAAGACAACGUGGCUUCAUGAAGAUACUGAAUAUGCCUCAAGUUUCGGAUCUUUGAGGGUCAUUGAACGCAGCAACUGGUUGGAUUUCGUUUUCUUGGAUUUUAUAGUUAAGAUCAGUCAGUUAAGGUCACUUUUCUGUCCCCACAGGUCAGACAGGUCUGUGCUGCUGUGUGUUGUGUAUUCCAAUAAUAAAAAUACAUGUUCAAUCAAGAAAUCAACAAG